AAUUUGUAGGCUACGUUGGGCCUAGGGUUCCAUUCGGGAAUCGGCCGUUCCUAAAUCCCAAUUUCUUAUUUCCCUGUUCCAUCUUCGGCUCUUCCCUUCCCGAGUUCGCAGUUCGCAAGUCGCAACUGCCCCGGCAGCUGGCACUCCCCGACUCCCAGUCCCAGUUCCCUUCAGCUUCACCUUCCCUUCCCAGUUCCCUUCCCACUUCGCAGUUCGCACGCAGUCGUUGACGGCGAGUUCGAACCUCCCGUACUAGAUCGGCAGAUCCAGUCUUCCCCUUCGGACUUCGGCUUCCACCUUCCCAACUUCGCAGCUCGCACUCUCGCUGACUCGCAGUACUGCUUCGGACCUUCCGUCCUUCAGGAUCGAACUAUACUUCCAUUGAGAAAUCAGACCAGGCCAAGCUAUGGCUGAAGAGUCCCAUCAGCCAGAAAGAAGGUUAUCUAAGAGGAGGAGGUUAGGUCAUAAAAAGCAUGGGAAGGCAAAAAAGAAAUUAAAAAUGAUUCAGGGCUCUGGUGAGAAGAUUAAAAUAGACAAGAGAAUGAGGAAACUUUUUCGCAAGAGGGCAAGAGACUACAAUUCAGAUGAUGAUGAUGAGUCUGUUGUUGAAACUAGAGAAGUAAAUGCAAGUUUUUUAAACAAAAAGACUGUCGUAGAAAGGAAAUCUUCUGAAGGAGAGGAUGCUCAUGAUGCUGGUGAAGAAGAUGGAGAGAAUGGUCAUGAUACUGGGGAAGAAAAUGGGGAUUCCGGAGAUGAGGAGAAUGAAAUGCAACCUGGAAUUACAAAAUUCACAGAAGGAUGCAGAGCAUUCAGGACGGCAUUCAAGAAAAUCAUAAAAGCGAGUGUUUCUGACGAUUCAUUGGGUCCAGUGCUAUCAGGGCAUAAGAAGCUAAUUGCAGAGAAACUUGCUGAAGAAGAAGCUGAACAGAAAGUCAAGGGGAACGCAAAAAAGGAAAGACAAUUGGUGGGAGAGAUGGGGCAUGUGAAACCUGCCAAUUUCUUGGAUUCACAUGAAAAGUUCCUUAUUGGUGUUGCUACGAAAGGAGUGGUCAAGUUAUUUAAUGCUGUGAACAAGGCACAAAAUGCUCAAAAAGGAUUAAAUCCUUCGAGGUCUAAAGAUGUGAAAGUGAUGAGGAAAGAAGCCUUCUUUUCAGAAUUGGGAAAGACAUCAUCAAAAUUUACUGAAUCUUCCACUAAGAACCAUAAGUCAACAGGCUCAAAAACAGAUGGCGAGGGUCCUGGUUGGGCUCCAUUGCGUGAUAAUUACAUGCUAACAAAUUCUAAGUUGAAGGAUUGGGACAAGAUGCAGGACACGACAGUGGAAGAUGACACUGGAGGUAUGCAAGCGGACAGUUCCUCUGAUGAUAAUGAUUGAUUCUCUGGAACUUCACAAGGACCAAAGAUAGCAUCUGAUUGACCGAAAUGGGAAAAUUUUGGUCUGGGGAAAAUGAGUUUGUGACACCUUGUUAUUACUCAGGAAUUUUGACUUGAUACUAGAUAUCUGUAAAGUAUAUUUUUUGAGUUCCAGUGAUAGUGUGAAGUUUUGUUGUCAAA